GUAGGCUCUGAUUCUCUGUCAUAAAAAAGAAAAACCCGAGGCCUAGAGAAGUUAACUUGCCCAGGAUCGCACGGCUAGAAAAGGUGUGGAAAGACAGGGUUGCUCUGUGUGCUGGGACACACUGGCGCUUUGGGGGAAACAGGUACACUGGUGAUGGUAAAGCAAGGCAGAAGGAGGUGCGUGCACCUUCCUGGCCUGUGCUGCUGUGAUUUGAGCUGGGCUUUUAGGGAAGGCUAGGAUUUCAUCAGGCUGAGCUGGACCCGUGGAGCUUUUCAGGUAGGGAGGAGGCUUGGACACAGACUGGCAGGCAGUGCCGGGAGGAGAGAGAAGUCGUUUGCCUGGAAAAGAUGGUUUUGGUAGGGAGGCACGGGGAGAGGAGGCUGCAGGGAGAGUUGGAAGGGGUUUGAAGGCCUGCCUGGACUUCAUCCUAUGGGUGGGGAGCCAUUGAAGGAUUUGGAGUUCCCUUCCCAUCAGCUGUUCUCAAGCAAAGAGUUUCCGCUUCCCUGGCAGGAGUCUGAGGCCAGCCCCAUCUUGUCCACCCACUAUUCAGCGAGGAGCUGGGCUUGAGUAGAAACAGUCGCCACCUCUCACCAAAUAGUGUGAAGGCCUCACACGAGGCUCCCUGGCCCCGUUAAAAUGUAAGAAAACUGCAUGUGUCCAUUUAUAAGGUUGGAGUUUACGCAGAUGCCCUUUUCAUGGAACACAAAGAUUAUAAUAAUGGCAGUCAGAUGCUCUUGGAGGCUGAGUGGGAUUUCUGGGGUUGGGGAGCUGGGCGAUAAAGUGAAAGGACACUUCUGAAGCAAACGUUUAGAGGCUGGGGUCGUAUGUCUGGGAUCGGUCAAGAGAGGAGGAGUGAGGGGAAGGGAAGAAACGUGGCCUCGCACCCAGGGGCAGGGCUGCGCCAGCCCAAGGUGCCAGCCCAGUGCAGUCUUUGCAGCCUCAGAGCAGAGCCACCUACCUCCUGAGCAGGAAUCCCACAUCCAGUUGUUUCUCUGCCAGUCCAGCUCCUCUCCGUCCUUUGAGGCCCAGCUAAAGCCCUACCUUCUCCAGGUCAGAGGUCAUCUGGUCCAGCUGCCUUCCAAACAACCACAAAAUCCCUGAUGCUCCAUCCUUGCCAGUUUUUUCAGCCUCUGCUCAGACUCUCCUGUCGCUAUCUUCUGAGGCACCCUCCCAUGUUCUAGUUCUCAGUGACUUCCUCUGAAUGAACCCACACUGGUUCCUACCAGUCACUUUUCAAUUUUGCAGAUAGUCACCAAACAUUUGUUUAGGAAUAGUUUUCAGAAUGCUGUAAGGUACCAUUGAUCCUCAGGUGCUGCCAGAAGGUAUAAAUAUCAGGGCUUCCUCUCUGACCCAUGGGUCCUACCUUCAGAUGUGGGUUGGGGGGGUCUAGUGGUUGAGUCCCACCCAAAGCAAAAUGUGUCCUUGCCUCGGUGUCCCCAGCUGCCGGUCAUCUAAGCCACGAUUGAACUGUCCAGCGACAGGCAAGUCAGGGGAAUGACGGUUUACGAUGGUUGCAGCACAUAUAAAAGUCUCACCUUAUGGCAUAUGUCUCACCUUCCUCGCCAGUCUGUAAGAUUUCUCCGUGGACAAUGGCAGCUACAAUUCAGGCCAUGGAGAGGAAGAUCGAAUCGCAGGCUGCCCGCUUGCUUUCCCUAGAAGGUCGAACCGGGAUGGCCGAGAAGAAGCUGGCCGACUGCGAGAAGACGGCCGUGGAGUUGGGGAACCAGCUGGAGGGCAAGUGGGCGGUGCUGGGGACCCUGCUGCAGGAGUACGGGCUGCUGCAGAGGCGGCUGGAGAACGUGGAGAACCUGCUGAGGAACAGGAACUUCUGGAUCCUGCGGCUGCCCCCGGGCAGCAAGGGCGAGGCCCCCAAGGAGUGGGGGAACCUGUCCGAGUGGCAGAAGGAGCUGUACAAGCACGUGAUGCGGGGCAACUACGAGACGCUGGUCUCCCUGGACUAUGCCAUCUCCAAGCCCGAGGUCCUCUCCCAGAUUGAACAGGGGAAGGAGCCGUGCAGCUGGCGUCGCGCUGGCCCCAAGGUUCCAGAUGUUCCUGUGGACCCGAGUCCAGGCUCAGGGCCCCCCGUUCCUGCCCCUGACCUCUUGAUGCAGAUCAAGCAGGAAGGGGAGCUCCAGCUCCAGGAGCAGCAGGCUCUAGGCGUGGAGGCGUGGGCAGCCGGACAGCCAGACAUCGGGGAGGAGCCGUGGGGCCUCAGCCAGCUGGACUCCGGAGCAGGAGACGUCUCUACCGACGCUGCCUCUGGCGUCCACUCCAACUUCUCAACCACUAUCCCGCCCACCUCCUGGCAGGCGGAUCUCCCCCCUCACCAUCCCUCCUCCGCCUGCUCAGACGGGACGCUGAAGCUCAGCACGGCCGCCUCCACGGAAGCAGAUGUAAAGAUUGUGAUAAAAACCGAAGUCCAGGAAGAGGAGGUAGUGGCCACACCAGUGCAUCCUACUGACCUAGAAGCCCACGCGACCCUGUUCGGACCAGGCCAAGCCACAAGGUUCUUCCCUAGUCCUGUCCAGGAAGGAGCCUGGGAGAGCCAGGGCAGCUCCUUCCCCAGCCAGGACCCCGUGCUGGGGCUGAGAGAGCCCGCCCGGCCCGAGCGCGAGCUGGGCGAGCCCAGCCCCGCGGUGACCCAGGACGAGACCCCUCCAGGGGACUGGCUCUUCGGGGGGGUCCGGUGGGGCUGGAAUUUCAGGUGUAAGCCUCCCGCGAGCCUGAACCCGAGGACCGGGCCUGAGGGUCUGGCCUACUCCUCGCCCGACAACGGAGAGGCCGUGCUGGACCCCGGCCAGGCCCCGAGACCCUUCAGCGACCCCUGCAAGUACCCCGGCCGGACCAAAGGCUUCGGCCACAAGCCGGGCCUGAAGAAACACCCGGCGGCCCCCCCGGGGGGGCGGCCGUUCACGUGCGCCGCGUGCGGGAAGAGCUUCCAGCUGCAGGUCAGCCUGAGCGCGCACCAGCGCAGCUGCGGGGGGCUGCCCGACGGGGCGCCGGGGGCGGCGGGCGGCGCGCGGGACGGCAGCGGCCUGCGGUGCGGCGAGUGUGGCCGCUGCUUCACGCGGCCGGCGCACCUCAUCCGGCACCGCAUGCUGCACACGGGCGAGCGGCCCUUCCCCUGCACCGAGUGCGAGAAGCGCUUCACCGAGCGCUCCAAGCUCAUCGACCACUACCGCACGCACACGGGCGUGCGGCCCUUCACCUGCACCGUGUGCGGCAAGAGCUUCAUCCGCAAGGACCACCUCCGCAAGCACCAGCGCAACCACGCAGCGGGCGCCAAGCCGGCCCGGGGCCAGCCCCUGCCGCCGCUGCCUGCCGUGCCCCCCGACCCCUUCAAGAGCCCCGCCUCCAAAGGACCCUUGGCCUCCACGGACCUCGUGACCGACUGGACUUGUGGCCUGAGUGUCCUGGGACCCACCGACGGCGGGGACCUGUGAGGCCCCCGCGGGCGACCCCCGCAGGCCCAAGUGUAAAGAGGCGCUUCUCCAGACAGCAGGGUGGUGCGAAAAGCUUCGAGGCGGAACGGAGCCUGGGGGAGAACCAGAUUCCCAGUUGCUGAACCGAUCACUGGAGCGGGAGAAAAUACCAGACAACGCAGCUCCCACCUCUAAACAAAGUAGAAUUCUCUGAUUGUGAAACUGAGCAGCAUAGAAUUUUAAGUAAUUUAAUUACGAAACUUUUUUUUUUUUUUCUAAUUCUUGAAGAGAAAGCCGUUAAAUAGUAGUAGCAGCAGUUUAAACUUCGUAGUGUACCUUUGGUUUCCGGAGUGCGUGUGUGUGCUGUGGGCUGUGUCCUUACCAAGUCUGACAGAGGGUGCGACGGAAGCUUGGCUGGCCGGGGACGCGGGCGAGGAGGGACCUGGACCUCCCUGGCCUCGGUGACCCCUAGGGAUGGGCCGGUCUCUGCACACAGCCCCAGGGGAGCGGAGACCGGGCUUUGCCCAGGGCCAGGCUGGGAAGUAAGGCCAGCCGGGCGCCGUGGAAGCCCAGCCUCAGCUCGCGGGCAGGAGGACUGAGGAGCAGUAGCCCGGCGUCUCUCAGCACCUGCCUCUCAUCUGCGAAGGCUCUGCGCCAAGUGCCCGCCGUGCGCAGGCGCUCUGCCGCUCCCCCUCCCCCCCCCCCGCCCCGCCCCGUGACUCCUGGGCCUCGUAAAGGAGAGCUGUCCGGAAGCACCGUUAGGGAUGCAGGUGUGAGGCAGGGGCUGCAGAAGCAGGGCCGGGAACGGAGCCUCACCUGCCGACCCCCACAGGGGAGGGGCUGCCCUCUGCUCCUGCCAGAUGCUCGUUUCCUUUUCUCUUGGUGUGGUGUGUGUUCUCGCUGUCCAGACGCUUUCACACGGAACCUCAUUUGAUCGUUACUGUGCCCUAGUGAAGCACGCCGGACGAGCAUCCUUUCCUGCGAGACAUGAGGCAAUAAGCUACUCAGAGGGGACCCAUCUCAGCCUCGCACCCCGUGUGCACGAUGAGUGCAGACACUUGGGAAGAGGCUCAGGUCAGACUUGGCUCAUCCUUCUGGAGCAUCAGUUUGGGGGAGGAAUGCUUCUCAUUUUGCCCUCUUAGAAGGUUUGCCCCACAUCUGCCUGAGCAAAAUCAUCAGGCCUCAAGCUUUAGCCAAGUGGCGGCCUUGGCGGCCGGUGGGCGCUCACCCCCGGGAGGGGUCGGGGUUGAGGGGCUGGGCCAGGGGCAGGGCUUGCUCGUUCCCUGGCUGACAUCUUGAAGGUGGAAUUAGAAAUGGGCCAAGGUUUCUUGAUUCCACCCCAAUGCUGUCUCUGCCACACGAGUAUCCAUUCCCGUUUUGUUGAAGCAGACGCUGGUUCCUUGUCCUCUGGGGAACUUGUUUCCCGAGGGGGGGAGACCAUCACUUCUGUUCAUUCAGCUCCCCUGUGCGUACUUUUAUUAGGCAAUAGACUAGUUAAGAAGAUUGUUUCUAUGUACUGUAUAUUUUGUACCAGUUUACACUUCUAAUAUUGAUAUAACUGAUAUUUUGAGAAACAAAUGAAGAGGAGACCUCCUGUUAAAAUAAAACCUAACCAGCACCGAG